AUGACAGACGUAACGAGCAGUUCGCCAGGUUUCCACUGUGCGAUUCCCCGACGGGUCGGGAGGAAAGAUGCGUCACAGAGAAAGACGAAGGGGCUGUGUGCGCUGGCCGUCGUCUGCCUGUUGUCUCUAGCGGUGUCAGUUGGUACAGAUGCCGCGAGCAAUCGAAACGAUCAGCCCAACCCGAGGCCACCAGAUGACAAAGAUAAGGCACAACCGGCGAAAAAGAAGUGGGCCGUCAUUCAAACGCGUGUUCCCACCCGUGGUGGUGCAGGAAGAUGGAGUGGCGAUCUGGCCGCGAUUAGGCUUCAGACUCCAGUCGCCACCCCUCGCCACGCGAGUACAGACAGUCCCCAGCCCCUUCCUGUGUGGCGUGGAACAAGCGACAAAGGAAAGACGCUGUCUCCGAGAGUCGCCGCAAUUAUGGCUAAACUGCAGGCGAAACCGGAAAACGAUGACAGUGCUAAAAGAGUGCAAGGCAAACUGAAGGGACCGGGAGGGAAGAAAUCAAAUGAAGAUAGUGAGGAUGGCAAGGGUGGAGAACCAUCCGGUCCCAGACCAAUCAUCGUGACGGGGUUGAAGGAUCCGAAAAAAUCCCCCGGAGACGUCGAACCAGACGCGAAAGGAAAAGAAGGCGAUGCCAAGCAAGGUGACGUCGGUACAUCCGAUAUUGACCACAGUGCUCAUGGUGGGGGUGUGCCGCUCAUCAUCCCACCCCAGCAGAAACCGACUACAGCAGCUGGCGAUGACACAGCGGCAGGAUCGUCUCGUUCAGGAAGAAUGGGGCCCGAGGGAAAGGAUUCCAGUAAAGCCGAAGGUGACGAUCCUUCCAAUUCAGAUAUCCCAGUCGUCCCGGUGCUGGUAAAACCCCGUAAAUAUGAUACAGCAAGUCAAAGCCAAGCUGGAACGUCUGCAGAAGAUGAGUCCUCGUCCCAAGAUUCUGAAGAUGUGAAGGCUGUGCCCGUGGUGAUACCAAGAGCACCCGUUGCAAAAGAGGCGCCUUGGCAGAGCGCAGAUGCCUCUGAGGAGUUUGGAGCUAGCCAGGACUCUGGAGAUGAAUAUACAAGUUCUGUGAGAGCGGUUCCAGUGUCGAUACAGCCAAGGGAAGGCAACGAAGGGGAGCAGGUCGCAACUAGUGGCGAUGAGAGUGCAGCCGCCUCAUCAACAGAGGCUUCAGGAACACAGGCCGCCCCCACCGCCGAAGCACCCCAGGACGAACCUCCUUAUCCGGAAUCGGCAGAACAAGUCCCCCCUCCAGCUCCUGAACCUGCAGCUCAGGCUGAAGGGCCAGCAGAGGAGUCCCAGGCGGAGUCUGCGGCAGCGCCACUUACGCCGCAAAGGCGGACUGGAGGCCGUCUUCCUGUAUGCGGCAAGCAAGUGCUUGAGUUCGAAAAGAACUUCAGACAUGUUCAUAGCGAAACGCUGUCAGCAGUACAGGCUCUAACCGACGGCCCCCAAUGCUUGGCAGCGAUAUUGGGGAAAAUCGGGCCUCAGGUUAAUGCGAAGUUUACAGACAUUCGAACCGAAGUUUUUCAGGCGGUCGUUGUCGCUGCUCGCCUGAGACGCUUCGUCGAGGACACACAGCACGCCCUGCAAGCAAUGCGUUCUCGCGGCCUGAAGACGCUGCACAGCGAUGCAUCGAUCGAUGCCGCUUCCAAUCUGCUGGAUACAAGAGUCGCCGUCGGCGACAGCGUGAAGGAGGUCAGCCCCGAUAACCAGGUGCUUUCAAAGAUAUGGACUGUCAUGAACGUGCACAAUUCGCAUCUGCGCUGCCAAAGCGGCGAGGAAAGCCGCACCUUUGAAGUGAACGGCGUCGUGAAGACCGUUGAAAGCUACACGACGAUCAUUGCGGAUCUGUGCCUCACACGGGGGUGGCUGGCGGUUGAGAAAGACCUUCCAGGCUUGAUGAAGGCCAUUGAACGCUUCGUCGAGCAGCGUGGAUGGGUGGAGGCGUACAUCGCGGCCAAGACGAAAGGCGCCUGCGGCGUGUUGUUGAAGCGCAUGGAGAACGGAGAGGAACCGACUGGUGCACUGGCGCUGACAGACGCAGUUCGCCAUGUUCGGGCACAGAAACUCAUGAGCAUGCAGCAGAAGCCUGACAAGAAGAAGGACGUCUCGGUAGCGGAGCCUUAUCUCUCAGUGACGGAGGUCGUCAAAUUUUUGGAGGCGCACCAGCUCUACCAGAAGACCGCUUCGAUGCAGGGAUGCGCGCCUCUCUCUCUGACUUCGGCUGCGGCACAGUCUGAUUUGCUCGGUGUGGUGACCUCAUUCUCGGGGGCCUCGCCCGACAACCUCCGCAACGAGAUUGACAUGGAGAAGGACGGAGCCGCCUGUCUCGCGGCAGUCGACUACUUCUUCUCGCGUGCCAGCCAGGGCGUGUGCGCGGCAGAGUGGAGCCGCAAAGUCCCUUGGGCGCCAAAGAUCGUUUCCCUGCAGAACGCCCGCCUCUUAAGAGCAUUUCUUUCCAACAACUGUGAAAAGAAAGUUCCCGCAGGCUACCCGACUGCAUACACCAAGAAGUGCAACCUCGCUUGCAUGCGGAGAGCCUGGGAGGGCGAGAAGCCUUUUGGAAAGGCGAAGAGUCUCUCUCAAAAGCUUCGAAUCGACGCAGACUUUGUCCGGUCAACUCUGCAGUAUGAGCGGAAGAGUCUCCUUCUGCUCGAAGACCUGGGCGCCGCGAUGGCGGAUCUCGUAACAAGUCUGGAUCCUGAAAGGGACGUUUCCAAACAGCUGGAGACGGACAUGUGCGCUGCCUCGUGGUUCAAAAGGCAGAAAUCAGACAGCGUCGGAGACAGUUUCGGUUUCGACUUGUACAACCCCUUGCUCGUCGGCUCCUACGUGGUGACGCACGCUCGCGCCACCCUCUCCGCCACGCAGGCAGGCUUGAAGAAUGCCGCUGAAGAGGGCAUCGCGGACAGCGAGCCCAUGAGCGCUCUGUUCAGGUCCCUGACGUGUGCGGCGCCUAACACCUACCCCAUAGCCUCUUUCCUGCUUCAAAUCAGUGCAUUCUUGCACGUGACCGUUGAGCGCGCGAAGAAGGAGCUGUACAUGAAAGCCACGAAGGUGAUGGGGUCGGGUGUCUUUGAUCCGAAAAAGUUCGACGCCUCUGUGAAAUGGAUUCGACAGCAAGUGGCUCGCUUUGCCGACCUCUUCAUGCCUGGGUACCUCAAAGGAAAGGGCCAAGCUAAAAUCGCCCCGAAAAUCCUCUUCCCCUUUGCAAAGAUGGCCGUGGUCAUGUGGAUGCUUGGCUCGGCGGACGUUGAAGACGGGCCCCUCCCGCCGCCGUUCACCAAGAAACUCUUCGCGUAUAUCCUAUACAACAAAGGUGGAGACCCGAUCGAGGAAAUGGAAAAGCAGAUCAAGGCGGAAUGCAAGAAUGCCGCCAUGAACCUCCCCGUGGGUCUGAGCACAAAUCUGCGGCCGUCGCCCACUAAGGUCAAAAUCGCAGAUAUCGUGAAGGAACUUGUUACGGGUAUCAAGUACAGAAUUUCCCUGAGUGGAGACAUCCAAAAAGCUGCCAACGACGUGAAGAACUUGGCAGCCGGCUGCAAAAGCAACCUUGACUUCAACGACGUACAGCAGCGAGCUUUGCUGGAGGACCAUCACUGCAUGGUGCUACAGCAAAAAGCCAUCAGCUUCUUGAAGAAAGUGCUGCCGAAAUCCAAAAACAACAAGCAACAGGAGCGGGAGAUCAAUGAGGCCUUCGAAUUCCUGAAACAUGUCAAUCUCGUCCAUCCCAAGGACGACACUAAGAAGAUGGUGAUGGCGUUUGAGGAGUGGAGAGAGAAGAAACAGCCUUAUCACAAGGCACAACAUCUCACGGAUCUUUCGUGCAUGUGGAAGACUAACCCAGACAUCCAACAGGUCAUGGUCCACGCUGCCCUGGGCGACAAGAACGAAGAUGCGGAAGCGUAUUCCGUUCCACCUGCUCUUGGAACUUGCCCUGCAUAUCCCAUUGAUCCUCUGGCUGCAACACAACUGGUGGUCGCCCCGGACUCGCUUUCCGGCAAUAUCAUUUGGUCGACUUACGUGUAA